UUCAUUUCAAAACUAUAGCUUGGAUAAGAUCGAUUAGAAACAAAUGGGAAAACGCUAAUAAUACUCGGGAUUUACAGUUACAACAAUUAAAAUGAAAUGUAUUUGAAAAGCUAAUAAAAAUUCGGGAUAACUUUGUUCUGAAGCAAACAAAAGAAACUUCAAUACAAUACCGUUUGUUUUUUGACAAAUAAAUUGAUUUAAUUACUUGCAAGUUUCAUAAAAUUUUCCUAUAUAAAUUAGUGUUGUUAAAUAAAUGCGAAGGAGUAAUAAAACGUUAAUAUUCCAUAACUAAAAAAAUGUCAGUGAAAAUAAUUUGCAGUGUUGCAAUUGUGAUUGCCCUGUUGGAAGUGGUUUUAGCCUGUAAUGGCUAUAAGGCGAAAAUUCUGAAGGCCGAAAAUUGUGCCGGUCCUGAUGGCGUUAUAACCCUUGAUCCUGAUUUCUCCGUUAAGCUCAAUAAGAAAUGUGAAAUCGUCCCAACCGGAUGUGUCAACAAUAAGGCAUUUAGUACCGCCAAUUCAAAAUAUAAAAUUGUUAAGGAUGGUAUGACAGUGGCCGAGGGCACCUUUGAUAUGUGCGGCAUGGCUGAUCAGGCUCCGGAUCAGGCAAGACAGUAUAUGAACAUGUUUGGUGUACCAUCAUCGUGUCCCGUUGAAGAUAAUAAAAUCUGCUCGAAUGACAACAAGGUUGACCUUUCACAAUAUAAAUCCAUGCUUAGCCUUGCCCGUGGAAAUAUUGUUAUUGAUUCGGAAAUUGAACACGAUACGGGUAAAUCAUGCUUCCAUGUCGAAAUUCAAAUCUCGAAAUCUUAAAAUGCUAGGUGGUAUAGCUUAAUAGGAAAAUACCUAAAAUACGUAAUUGGAAAUUAUUAUUGGACAAAAUUUUUAGUUGUCAUUUGAUAAGGCAAAUAAUUUUGUAAAUUGAUUUUUUAUGAUAAUAAAAAUACAAUGAACAUUUGAAUAAUCUACAUAA